CUUUGCUCUAAUACCAUAGCGAUACUGGAAAUCACACACAACGCACGCGCACACACACGCACGCCUCCAUCGAAGGAACACCCUCCUCCAGCCGUCGCUCCCUUCACCGUUUCCUUCCUCCGCCGACGCCACUGCCUCCGCCUGGCUGUCGUCUUCCUCAGGUUUUCGUUUUGAAGUCAUUACAGAAGAAAGUUCAUGGCGAUUGAUUGUCUUGUUCUAGGCGCAGGACAAGAGGUAGGAAAGAGCUGCGUGGUUGUAUCUAUAAAUGGAAAAAGGAUCAUGUUCGAUUGUGGGAUGCACAUGGGUUACACUGAUCACAACCGUUACCCUGAUUUCUCUCUGAUUUCAAAAUCUGGAGAUUUCAAUAACGCCCUCUCUUGCAUCAUUAUUACUCACUUUCACUUGGAUCAUAUUGGGGCUCUUCCAUAUUUCACUGAAGUUUGUGGUUAUAAUGGACCAAUUUACAUGACGUAUCCUACCAAAGCCUUGGCUCCACUUAUGUUAGAAGAUUACAGGAAAGUAAUGGUUGGAAGGGGAGAAGAACAACAGUUCACUCAUGAAAACAUCAUUGAUUGUAUGAAAAAAGUUACUGCAGUGGAUCUUAAGCAAAAUGUGCAAGUUGAUACAGACCUUCAAAUUCGUGCUUACUAUGCUGGACAUGUUCUUGGAGCUGCAAUGUUUUAUGCUUGUGUGGGGGACAGUGCUAUGGUAUAUACAGGAGAUUAUAACAUGACACCUGAUAGGCAUCUUGGAGCUGCUCAAAUUGAUCGAUUGCAAUUAGACCUUCUUAUAACUGAGUCGACAUAUGCAACAACUAUUCGUGACUCAAAAUAUGCUCGAGAGAGAGAAUUUCUUAAGGCUGUUCAUAAAUGUGUUGCUAAUGGAGGAAAGGUGUUGAUUCCUACAUUUGCUCUUGGACGAGCUCAGGAACUCUGUAUAUUGUUGGAUGAUUACUGGGAGCGGAUGAAUCUUAAGGUUCCUAUCUACUUUUCAGCAGGUUUAACAAUCCAAGCUAAUUUGUAUUACAAAGUGCUAAUUAAUUGGACUAGCCAGAAGGUGAAAGAUACAUAUGCUACUAGAAACGCAUUCGAUUUUAAAAAUGUUCACCAGUUUGACCGGACUUUACUUGAUGCUCCUGGACCUUGUGUUCUUUUUGCCACACCAGGAAUGAUUAGUGGUGGUUUUUCACUUGAAGUUUUUAAACAUUGGGCUCCAUCUGAAUCAAAUCUCAUUACACUUCCAGGGUAUUGUGUUGCUGGAACUGUAGGACACAAAUUGAUGUCUGGUAAGCCUACAACAGUUGAUUUGGAUAAAGAUACACGGAUUGAUGUUCGUUGCCAGAUUCAUCAAUUGUCUUUUAGCCCACAUACGGAUGCAAAAGGAAUUAUGGAUCUUGUGAAAUUUCUGUCCCCAAAACACGUAAUACUUGUACAUGGUGAGAAACCUAAAAUGGAUUUGCUUAAAUCAAGAAUCAAAUCAGAAUUAGGAAUAGAAUGUUAUGAUCCAGCAAAUACGGAAACUGUAUCUUUCCCUUCAACCCAUUUUAUAAAAUCAGAUGCUUCAAAUGCAUUUAUCCGUAGUUCUUUGACGCCCAACUUCAAGUUCCCAAAAGAUGAAAUUACGGAUACGCCCUCACUGCAUGUUCGUGAUGAGAGAGUGAGUGAAGGGAUUUUGACAAUGGGGAAAGGUCAAAAAGUCAAGGUUAUACAUCAAGAUGAGCUUGUAACAAUGGUUGGAGGUGGAAAAACGGAAGUGGAAUUUGGGUAUUGUUUUGGGUUAAAUUUAUGUAGGUUGAAGAAUAUUAGCAAAGAGGUUAGGGUUUCUAAUGGUGAUGACUCGUUGCUCUGUGUUUUGAAUACGAAACUUUCAGAUGAAUUUGGGGAAUUGGGAUUGAGGGAUUGUGAAGGAAGUCUUGAGGUGAACUCUUUUCGUGUUCGGGUAUGUAAGAAUGAUGACUGUCCUCAUAGAGUUGAUAGUGAUGAGUUAAGUGAGAGGCUUGAACGUGUGUUUUUUUGCUGUAAUUGGUCGAUUUUAGAUAAGAGUAUUGCUUGGAGAGUUAUAAGUGUAAUGAAGAACAUGGAUUUGUAGAGUGGGCGUGUGUAUUUUUGGAGACAAGUUUGUGG